AAUAGAUAAGGGUCUAAAAUACUAGCAAGCUUACUUACCAGCACCGCCUUAUCAACACAACCUCCUCUCUCUUCUGGCCAUGGAUGCAGCCAAGAUGUUGCUACUAUCACCACCGUCAACCUCCCUACCUUCACUAAAACCCCAUAGUUUCAUUCUCGCAUAUACAAGACCAAAGGUGCAGCCUCGUCUGAAAGUGCUAGCCAUGGCAAAGGAUACCAGUGAAAGCGGCAACGGAGUUGCAGAGAAAGCAGCAAUAGCCGGUGGCCUGGUUGCCAAUCCAGUCAUUGCCUGGUCCCUGUACACGCUCAAGACAACCGGGUGUGGUUUGCCCCCCGGACCGGGUGGCUCGAUAGGUGCACUGGAAGGUGUUAGUUACCUGGUUGUUGUUGGGAUUGUGGGGUGGUCUUUGUACACGAAAGCCAAGACCGGUUCGGGGCUACCAAAUGGGCCGUUCGGGUUAUUGGGAGCCGUUGAAGGUUUAUCUUUCCUGUCUUUGCUGGCCAUUUUGGUUGUCUUCGGGUUGCAGUUCUUGCAGAACGGAUCCAUUCCAGGACCCCUUCCCAGUGACCAGUGCUUCGGCUGAGGAGAUAAUGUCGCAUGGGCCACUACCACUCUAUCUAGUGCAUGUGCCAAUGGCUAACCUAAGGAUUGUAAAGAAUUUCAUUCAAUAAUUAACUCUGUUUUCUUUUCUUAGUGUCAA